AAAUAAGCAAAUUAAAUGAAAACGCGGAGAGAAAACUACUGAAGGCCGUGAGUUUGUCCACCAUUCUGUCUAGACAUGACUCUGUUGGGAAACGGCCGAACAAACAAAAGUGGAACGCGUUCAGAACUCUAGAAACAAGAUACAAAAGUGACGAACAUUCGCCAGAAGUUAUAAAGAAGUACAUAGACCUGCUAAGCCGCGUGAGUCGAUACGAAAAGAUUCCCGAGGUUAUCGAGAGACUCCGAAACAUGUGUGAAGGAGAUUUGGCGGACCCGCGUGUCAUCAAAUCAGGACUGGAAAGCUACUUGGCUUUAAAACAGUAUGAAGCAGCUUAUGUGUUUCUUCUUACCUACGAAACAUCCCCACAUUUCGGGGAGUGCCCUGCGCAGCUGAAUUGGA